AUGCAGACAGUCACAAUCUUGGCCCUUCUUGCAUGCAUUGCUGUUCCUAUCUUUGCCGAUUUCGAUCAUCUUCGUGCCAGGCGUGAUGUAGUAGAAGCAUCGGGAGAAGGAUCAGGAGAAUCUUCUGGGGAGAAACCAAUUGUUGAAGCAUCUGGAGAGGGAUCUGGAGAGUCUUCUGGAGACAAGCCAGUUGUUGAGGCAUCUGGAGAAGGAAGCGGUGAAGGAUCAGGAGCUUCCGAUGGAGUUCUCGAAUCAUCUGGAGAAGGAUCCGGUGAGAACAACACCAAUGCCGUCGUUGCUUCUGAUUCUCCAAAAGACGUCAAAGCAUUGACUGCCAAUGAAUUCGCCGUCUCCGUCUAG